AACCAUCGUCCUUCUUGCCGGCCUCAUUGCCUCUCUCUCUCUCUCUCUCUCUCUCGCUCUCCAAUCUCCCCAGUCCCAUCCGAUCCCAUUAUUAUUAAACCCCUUCUAAUUGGUUAAUCGUCACAAUCCUCUCUCAUCUCUCUCUCGCUCUCUCUCAAGACCUUUUCCACAUAAAAAUAACAGAAGGGAAAGGGUUUCCCUUCAAAAUUUUAAGGGGGCAUUUAGAACCACAAUAAGCUCUCCCAUUUUAAUGGCGAAGACUUCACAGCAAAAUUACCACAGCAAGAACCGGCAGGCACCAUCGUCCAAGGACGGCCACGGUAACGGCAACGGCAACGACAGCGGCAGUGGCGGUGUCAAGCCUGCUGUGACCAAAGUAAAGCGGACGAGGAAAAGCGUCCCCAGAGAGUCCCCUCUUCAGCGCAGCUCCAUCCAUCGCGGCGUCACUAGGCAUCGUUGGACCGGACGAUAUGAAGCUCAUCUGUGGGACAAGAACUGCUGGAACGAGUCUCAGAACAAGAAAGGAAGACAAGUAUAUCUAGGGGCUUACGAUGAUGAAGAAGCCGCUGCACAUGCAUAUGACUUGGCUGCAUUGAAGUACUGGGGACCAGAAACUAUCCUUAAUUUUCCAUUGUCAACGUACCAAGAAGAACUCACGGAAAUGGAGGGCCAGUCGAGGGAAGAAUACAUUGGGUCGUUGAGAAGGAAGAGCAGCGGAUUUUCUCGUGGCGUCUCCAAAUAUAGAGGAGUAGCAAGACACCAUCAUAAUGGUAGAUGGGAAGCCCGAAUCGGUCGAGUGUUUGGCAACAAAUACCUUUACCUCGGAACCUAUGCCACCCAAGAAGAAGCAGCCACAGCAUAUGACAUGGCAGCGAUUGAGUAUCGAGGACUUAACGCCGUUACCAACUUCGACCUCAGCCGUUACAUCAAGUGGCUUAGACCUAGCAACCAAAGCAUUAACCCCAACUUCUCCCAAGCUAGCCCUAACAGUGAGGCCGGCGCGCUCCCGAACCCCAUCCCCGAGCUAGGGUUCAGCCUCUUAACGUCCGCAUAUCAGCAGAAUGGCGAAAACAAGGCUCCUACUUCGCGGCCGGAUGGCUCGGCAUCGUCGGCCCUGGGGCUUCUGUUGCAGUCCACAAAGUUCAAGGAAAUGCUCGAGAGGACUUCCGCUCAGGACUCCCCGUCGACUCCCCCAGAGUCCGACUUGCCGCGCAGAAGCUUCCCUGAUGACAUUCAGACGUACUUUGACUGCCAGGAGUCCAGUGGCUUCGGCGAGGGCGAUGACAGUAUCUUCGGCGACUUGAACUCGUUCGCUUCACCUAUGUUCAACUGCGAACUAGAGUCAUGAGGGCGCAUGCAUUUCAUAUCAUAGAGGUAGUUAAAUUCGAUGAAGAAAUUACUAAAAGGGUAAGGCUAAACACGAGUCGUUGAGAUUCUUUUUAGAUGCUUCAUUUCUUUCUAUAUAAUCUUGAGAGUCUAUAGAAAGAGGAGGGACUAAGUUGUCUUGGAUUUCAUUUGUUGAUUACAUGUACAUAAAGGGCAUUCGUUGUUUCCUCGUAUUAAUUUCUUUCUUGUAAUAAGACGAGCUGGCAUGACAACUGUGUCCUCGACAAGACUAUUUUCCCAAUUUCCAAUCAUUUAUUAAUAGAUAUUUGUCCUUUUUUGAAGGUCU